UGGAAGGUUUAUCUAAUACGCGCGUGUAACUUAAUCCCCAACCACUGCCAACUCACAUAAUCACAAAGAGUGAGCUACGCGAUCGAUCGGUUUUUUUCCACCACCACCACCACGAACACGUGGAGCAAUGGUGGGGAGACUUCCGAAGAUUCGUUGGAGUCCCAAAACUUUUCCGUUACACGUACCCGCUGCUCGGUCAACCGAGCUAGACCUUUAGUUUUGAGCUCUUCCGUAUCUGUGUAGAGUGUGUGUGCCUCUGCCUCUCCCGGGUUAGUGUCACUCAACAUGGCCGAGGCGAAGCGACGCAUGGUACAGCAGAACAAUCAGCUGCACGGAGUGCAAGAGGAACGCAUUGACCUACCCUUCGGUGCGCUGGUCGGCAAGUGGUGGGGACCGCGUGAUCUUCGCCCGAUCGUGUGCCUGCACGGCUGGAUGGAUAAUGCCGGUUCGUUCGAUCGCCUAAUUCCGCUGCUACCAAAGCACAUCAGCUUCCUGGCGAUCGAUAUUCCUGGGCACGGUCGGUCCGCACACCUUCCGGCCGGUGUCGCCUAUUACGCGCUGGACACACUGCGCCUGCUGCUCCAUCUGAUGCAACACUACGGCUGGGGGCGCAUUUCGCUCAUGAGCCACUCGAUCGGUGCCGUGAUGAGUUACGUGUUUGCGGGCGUAUUUCCCGACCGGGUCGAUCUGCUCGUGUCGUUCGAUCUGCUCAAACCGUUCAUACUCGAUCCGGAUAUGGUGCUUUUUCUGCUGGCCGAUUCGCUGCCCAAAACGCUCGAUUUGGGUGCAGCCGAAGCAGGGCGCAGUGCCGAAGAGAAGCAGUUCCGCUACGACCAAUACGUGGAGCAUAUGCAUGCCGGGUUUCAUGAGUCGAUCAGUCGUGAAGCGUGCCACUUUCUGCUGUACCGUGCACUGGAACCGUCCGGCCAGCAGGCGGGGGGUUAUCGCCGGCUAACGGAUCGGCGCAUUCGGCACAACCAUGGGCUGGUGUGGUCGCACGAUGUGAAUUUGGAGAUGGCGCGAAGAAUUAAGGUACCGUUUCUGUACCUGAAGACGACGGAGACGCCACUGUUUGAGGAUGCACGGUAUCAUCAGGAAACGAUCGACGCACUGGUCGCGCACAAUGGGCAGUUCGAGCAGGCGCUGGUGGAGGGUAAGCAUCAUGUGCAUCUGUCCCAUCCGGAGCGGGUGGCGCCGCGGGUGGCCGAGUUUCUGCUGAAACACUGGAACAGGGAAAGGUAUUUAGUGUGCAAACUGUGAGGAGUGUUGUGUGUGGUGGUGGGGAGAGGUUCGAUUAGUUUAUCGUUUUAUAUGGGGAGCGGACUGAAAGGUAAACGUGUUUUAGUGCUUUCGAGCAAUAGUGACCUUAAAAUACAUUUUA